GCUCGUUACAUACGCGCCGCACGGCUGAAAGGAAAGCCGGCGGAGAUGUUACUGUGGAUGAUAUGGGGUAACCUGGCAGCAGCAUGAGAUUCACCCGCAAGCGUUUCUGCUCAUUGUUGGUGUUUUUGUACUGUCUGUUCUCCUUUUAUGCAGCUUACAAUGUAUUCUUUAAACCCUCUCAGAUAUCCCGGGUGCACAGGGUGGUGAAGAAGAAGGAAGGAGACACCAGAGUGGCAUUUUACCCGGGCAACGAGGAGUGGAAUCCUUGGGAAGACGAAGGAAAAAGCGAUAAGGAUGUUUUUCAGAAGAAACAAGAGAAUAAACUUAAGCAAAUAUUAAAUCGUGCAUCUCAACGUGAACCAGCAGACCUGAGUGUCCAGAUCUGGGGCAAGGCUGCUAUUGGGCAUUAUCUUUGGCAGCAUAUUUUGGGAGGGUCGCUUGAGCCUGUUGAUGCUAAUGCUCAAUGGAGAGAAGGGAAGCUCAGGAUUGGAAAAACAGAUCUAAGCUUUAUCACAGGCCCCGCAAUUGUUCCUGGGUACUUUUCAGUUGAAGCAGAUAAUGUAGUGCUGGUUCUCAACGGACGAGAAGAAGCCAAGAUUUCCUUUGCAUCUCAGUGGUUGCAUUACACACAGACCUUGGUGCAAAACCAUAAACUCCAACACGUGGCUGUUGUGCUGCUUGGAAGUGAGCAGUGCAAUAAUGAGUGGCUUCUCCCCUACAUGAAGAAACAUGGGGGGUUUGUGGAUCUUCUAUUUGUUGUCUAUGACUCCACGUGGAUUAAUGAAGAUGAUGUUUAUCAAUGGCCCCUGGGGGUGGCUACGUACAGAAACUUCCCUGUUGUUGAGCCAAGUUGGUCCAUGGUUCAAGAGGUGCGUCCAUACUUGUGCAAUUUCAUAGGAACUGUAUAUAAAAAUUCAUCUAGAGAAACCAUUGUGGAUGUCUUGAAGAAAGAGAGACUUGGCCAACUUUGCUGGGUUUUACCCAGAGAACAAUGGCAACCUCAAGAGACAAAUGCAAGUCUUAAAAGCUAUCAUGAUGCGCUCCUCCAAAGUGACCUGACAUUAAGCCCUGUUGGUGUAAACACUGAAUGCUAUAGAAUUUAUGAGGCCUGCUCCUACGGCUCUGUUCCGGUUGUAGAAGAUGUCAUGACACCAGGGGAGUGUGGAAAUUCUUCUGUGUAUAGCAAUGCUCCUUUGCAAUUACUGAAGUCUAUGGGGGCUCCAUUUAUUUUCAUUAAGUCUUGGAAAGAACUUCCUGAUAUUUUGCAAAAAGAGAAAACUAUGAGCUUACAAGAAAAGAUCCAAAGAAGGAAAAGACUUUUGGAAUGGUACCGGCAAUUUAGAAUACAGCUGAAGCAAGCCUUUAUACAUGCUCUUGAAAAAACAUUUCUGCACAAUGAUCAGUAAUUGUCCUUGUGGGAUGCAGGAUAUGUUAGAACUGAGCAUGUCAACAAAAGUAACUUGCGAAAUAAUGCCCUUUUAUUUAUUUAUUCUAUUUAUGUAAAAAAAAAAAAAGGUCCAAACACUCAUCUUGUAUUUAAAGACAUCGGUGACUUCCAGUUAUCUUAUUGGUUUCUUCAUCUCAUUAGCACUGUAACUUAAGACACUACCAUCAUUGUCACACAUAAUGAUAAAUGUUAUCCAGGCCUGUGAACACCCCAGGGCAAAUUGAUUUUUUAAAAGGAAAAUGGAGCCCAUUCUGCCAUUGAUUUAAAUGAAAUAAUUAAUCUUACCUCAUCACCCUCUACUGACUUUUUUCCCUAGAAAUGUGAAUGCUUCUUUGGGAAAUUGCUGAUCUAACAGUGCUAAAUUGGGAUAAGUACUAGUAUAACACAAUUGAAUUAUGAAAGUAUUACAAGAUUUAUAGAAAACAUGACAUCAUCCAUGACAAACCAUAGAUUACCCAACAAAUACAAUAGUUAUGGUUCAUAUUCAAUGUUUUGUAAAUGUUCUUUCAAAAAGUGAAUUAAACCACCCUUGAUGGAAUAAUGUGCAGUGGUUGUAUAUUACCAUGUGAUAGUGGAGGACAGUCAAAUAAAGAUAUUU